AUGACACGACACGCUAGAAAUUGUACGGCUGGUGCUGUUUAUACAUAUCAUGAAAAAAAGAAAGAUGCAUCAGCCUCGGGUUACGGUACAAAUACCCAGAGAGUAGGAAAAGAUUCCGUUAAGGAUUUCGAUUGUUGUUGUCUCACAUUACAACCUUGUAGAAAUCCUGUCAUAACGAAAGACGGUUACUUAUUUGAUAAAGAAGCAAUCUUGGAAUAUGUUUUAACCAAGAAAAAAGAGUAUGCAAGGAAGAUGAGGGAAUAUGAAAAGCAAAAGCAGCAUGAACAGGACAAAAAUAAUGAAAAAACUGCUAAUGAAGAGCUGCAGAAAUUACAAAAGUUUUUGAAAGGAGAGAAAAAUAUUGUUUCUAGAAGUCAAAUCCUUACUGAAGAAUCAGGUUCUUCAGUCUCAAAUAUGAGCAAUGGCAAAGAUAAACUGUUACCAAGUUUUUGGAUUCCUUCUAAGACACCAGAGGCAAAAGAAACUAUGUUACAAAAACCAGAUAAAACAAUUUACUGUCCUAUUAGUGGAAAACCAUUGAAAAUAAAGGAUCUUAUUCCUGUGAAAUUUACUGAAGUAAAGGAUCCAGAUGAUAGAAAAUCUCUCAUUGUUAAGCAAGCAAGAUACAUGUGCCCAAUUACACAUGAUAUUUUAAGUAACAGUGUACCAUGUGCAAUUAUAAGGACAACUGGUGAUGUGAUUACAAUGGAAUGUGUAGAAAAAAUUAUAAAAAAAGAUUGGAUCAAUCCUUUAGAUAGUACAAAAUUGAGAGAAUCAGAUAUUAUACCUCUCCAAAGGGGUGGGACUGGAUAUUCAGCUGUCAAUGAUUGCUUAGAAGGGAAACAUGAAAGGCCAGUAUUACAAGCAUAA